GAUAAGUGCCGUCAGAAACGGGCACCCGCUGCCAUCAAGAGACGGCGGCCUUUCAUCUCCAUGUUCAAGACACUGACCUGUGUUCUAGUGCAACGGUCUGCGACCAUGUAGUCACUGCAAACGCCGCGGCCUCGCUUGCGAAUAUGCUACCAUAUCCAAGACGAUUCUGGAUUCCAUCCCCCUGGGAAUGAAGCUGCUCGAAGAGAAGACAGUCAACCGUCACAAACACGCUGCUGCACUGCUCGGUCUUCUUCGUUUCGUGCCCGAUGACCAAGUCCACGACGUCCUCCAGCAGUUGCGAGUCGGGGGAGAUGCUGGGAACAUCGUUGAUAGCCUUCAAGGACAAUUCUAUUCCGCCGACGACCACCCCUUCCCCAAACUUAUCCAGGUGGCUCCUCCCCCUGGCCAGACUUCUCUGGAGUUCGAGUUGAUGGUGCGUCACGCCGCUGCCUAUUCACCUUGGGCUCUGACAGAACUCCCACGUACGGAGUACGAUUCUGCGUUGCAACUAGCUCCAAGCAAUUCUGUCGGAUCGCCUUCUGCAGAAAUUUUGCCAAUUUCGACGAACACGCCAUCUCGCCUCUCUCCUUCAGACUCAGAACCGUCUUCUUCUGGCGGUAAGCCUCCCUUUAUGACUGCGAACUCGCGAGACGGAAGUGCCGGUCAUAGUUUCAGCUUUAGUUCCCAAGACAAGCCCGGCAAGCGAGAGGCCGGAACUCUCGAUUUCCCACCUCUCUGUGACGAAAGACUUCUCAACGCGGACAUUUUGGCAUGGACUGGAGUGAAAAUCCCCAGUCUAGCAGCCAGGAGAAUCGUUUCUCUGUAUCUCGAAACAGACCAUGCGAUCACGGCGCUAUUCGACGUUGAUCUCUUUCUAAACGAUUUGAUGUCCGGCGGCACGCGCUUUUGCUCCAGGUUCCUCGUCAGCUCCCUGCUUAGUUGGACUUGUGUAAGAUACAUUGCUCUUCUCGCAAAUUAUGACUCACGAAUAUGCCCUGAUAUCAUGUUGCAGCAAGCUUACGCGUCUUACGAUUUAGAGGCGACGGCUUGGAGUUAUUCGUUCUAUGAUGAGGCAGAACGGCUCCUGGAACACGAAACGGCAAUGGGAAUGGCAACUCCUAACACCGUGGCCGCCAUGCUUUACCUGAGCAUGUCCGCGACCUGCCAUGCAAAGAGUACUACGGCCGCUACCGAGCAUCUGGAUCACGCUAUCAAUCUUGCCAAAAGCAUAGGGCUGUUUGGCAUUGCCGACGAGGGCAUGCCCGAGAGAUGGCCAGACGGAGCUACCAACUUUCUCUGGGAGAACGCACUGGCACAAACGGCCUGGGGAAGCUUUGUCUACAUCACAACACAAUGUGCGCAGAACAAGACGUGCAAAAUAGCCUAUCCGCCUAGAUCGCCUAUCCCAGGAGACGCAGAGGACUUCGAAGACGCCAAAUCUCCGGACGGGUCGCACUUCUCAGCUUAUAUGGGAACCACAUUCCCGUACCUUUGCAAACUAGCACUGAUCGCACACGACAUGAUCUGGGUGAACUACGGCAACAUCUUGCGGGUGGAGGGGUACAGCAUGAUCGAGCACAUGGAGGUGCUUUACAGACGGUAUUUAUCAUGGGCCGACAGGUUGCCGCUGGAACUGGUGCGGAGCGGAGAGAGUGGUCACCAUGUUCUGAUUCUGCAUAUUUACUUCCAUGCGUUUGUGCUGGAUCUCUUCCGUCCCCUGGUUCAUCAUGGUGACGCGAUACGAGCCCAGCUUGAGUCCUUUACCUCCCAGCAAGCGUCUCCCGAGGCCAUCUGCCUCGCUUCAGCAACUCAACUAGGCGGGAUCGUGGCCACGUACCUCCAGAGGUACAGCUCCGCGUCCCAAAGCUUCCCCUGGAGCACGGCGCUUCUCUACUUUGCGAACGCCGUCAUACGAGAACUGGGGCGCGCCGCUGACACCUCUGAGAAGCUCGCCGACUUGCGCACAUGUAUCUUCGGCUAUCAAAGACUACAGCGCUCCUUUCGGCUGUCGUAUGGGAUCAUUCGCAGUCUGCUGUCGAUGGCGCUGCGGGAAGGGGCUGUGGGAUCCUUGGAGGCGAGGGCCAUCAUGAACGACACGGACGAGAGGGCGAAGCAUCAUCGGGGAUAUGGCGAGGUCCGGGCGCUUUUUGUCGUCGAUCUCGACCUCGGAACGUUGGAUCCGGUGGCGGCGCACGUCGACAGGCUGGCGGCCGAGUUCGAGGAGCUCGCGAUCUUCAACGAGUUUACGGUGGUCAAUUCGGGGCGGGAGGCGACGAACACCUCGAUCUAAGCCGUGAGUUCCAAGACGGAAGGCGGACAUGCUGGCAACUCAGAGAGGAGAAAGGGGGGAACAGGGGAAUACCGGAGUCAAAUAUUACAGUCCGCGGACUUGGAAAGUCUGACAGGCUAUUGCGCAGGACGCGUCCACAAGAGGGGAAAUACUAAGACAACGCCACCGUAGCGGAAAUGAAUUCACUAGGUCGAGAUAGAUUCGGGGAAUGCCAGGAAACUUGAGAUGGAGCUUGAGCUGUCGGGAUGCCUUCCAGCUGGGCGUGCGGGAAUCUUCCGGUGUGUGAACUCCUGGAGACGGAGAGGGCGGAGCUGUGUACAAUGGUGACCGAAUAC